AUGUCAACCGAUAAGAUUCUUGUAACAGGCGACAAUCGCAUCGAGUAUAGAUCCGCAAAAGUCAACGGCCGCACUUACAGCUAUCUCCUCAGUCAGCCACGAGAAUACAGAGCGACGAUAUUCCUGAUCCACGGUUUUCCGGACAUCUCCAUGGGAUGGCGGUAUCAAAUCCCUAUGCUGGUGAACAUGGGGCUGAGAGUCAUUGCACCAGACUGCCUAGGUUAUGGCCGUACAGAAGCCCCGGGUGAUUUAAAGCUUUACUCACACAAGAGCUGCGCGGAUGAUUUGAAAGUGCUAGCCACACAGCUGGGGGAAUCAAAGAUACUCCUAGGCGCGCAUGAUUGGGGUGCUUCCCUCGCCUAUCGCAUAGCCCUCUGGCAUCCCGAUCUAGUCAGCCACCUCUUUGCAGUCUGCGUACCGUAUGCGCGGCCCCAAGCACGCUAUCUAUCCCUAGAAGACCUUGUGCAAACUGCGGCGCCGCACUUUGGCUAUCAGCUGCAGUUCGCGAGUGGGGAUGUAGAAAAGGUGAUUCGUACUCGGGAGGAAAUCAAACAGUUUCUGAGUGCGCUAUAUGGCGGUCGAACGGCGGAUAAGGAGUUUGGGUUUGAUGUUAAGAAGGGCGUUUUGUUUGACAAGGUGGGGAAGCUGAUGCCAUCAAGACUACUGAGCGUGGAAGAACUUGAGUAUUACGCGGAUGAGUUUAUGAGGAAUGGGGUCCAUGGUCCGCUGAACUGGUACCGUACUCGUGAAAUCAACCACGAAGACGAAAAAGCCAUUUUAGGCCGGCGGAUUACGAUCCCUGUGCUGUUCAUCCAGGCACAGAGGGAUAGUGCCCUUCCGAUAGAACUGGGAAAGUCAAUGACGAAGAAUGUCCCUGAUUUGACGAUAAAGCGUGUUGAUACUACUCAUUGGGCCUUAUGGGAGAAACCAGCGGAGGUGAAUCAAAUUAUUGCUGGAUGGCUGAAUGAUGUAGUAAUUAGUGGGAGAUCGGAGAAACUCUAA